UACCUCAGGUGCUCUGCGGAUGGUUUUUUGGGGAGAAUUAAGUUGAAGAAAAAUCCGCGCGAAAGUGCGUGGAUGCAUUGUUAUUAUGUAGACAAAAUGAUUUGAUUUAAUGGUGUGGCUGCAGACGCGAGUUUCUUCUUUAUUUCCGCAUUUCAUCGAUUUCCCAGCGUGUACAAUUUACGCUGAUUGGUGUCGCACGAUGAAUGUAACUUCAAAGGUACUUUGCCGGUGACCCAAGUCUCAACAACUAACCCUUGGUUAUGUUUGUUUGCAAAACGGUAAUCAAAAGCGCGGGACUUUUGAUUUUUAGCCACGAUUUUUGGUUUGUUAUGCAUUGAGAACAUCACACUUGAUUAGACACAGACACCUCUGAACAGGAUCAGAUCAGUGAUGUUUGUUUUUUGACAUUGGGUCUGCUAUCUAUAAUACAAAGGGAUUUAGAUAAAAAUAUACAUAUUUUGUGGGUGGUGGAUCCUUUUCAACAAUUUCCAUUAAUGAAUUUCCUUCAAAAUUGGUUCACAGCUAAUAUUUAGGCUAUGAGAGAAUAUUCCUGGAAAUAUACAGGAUUCGUAUUAAAAGCAGUCACAAGGAGUUUAUACAGGGGUGAAUUGACAAGCGUCCACGGCUUCUAUCUGUUGUCAAUCUGCCUCAAAUUUUUGUACACGCGAUUCCAUUUGAAAAAGGGCCGGAAAGUAAAAAUGCGUGACAUGACCUCCGACGUGGAGAACCUGGCGACUGCCCUCGAGCAGAGUUCGCUGACCCUGGGCACUGUGUCCUUCGAGGGCCAGGGUCGCAAGUUGGACGGCGAGCAAGAUGCUCAGCCGGUCGUCGUAGAGAUGGCCAAAUGGCGUGGAAAGAUGGAGGUGCUGAAUCUAGCCGGAAAUACCCUGGGUGUAGACGCUUGUAAAGCUGUUGGCAAGGAGCUCGAGUCUCACCCUGAACUAAGAUUCGCCCUGUGGAAGGACAUGUUUACUGGGCGCAUGAAGGAGGAGAUCCCAGACGCUCUGCGCUUCCUGGGCUGUGGACUGGUGCUGGCCAAGGCCAAGCUUUAUGAGCUGGACCUGAGUGACAACGCGUUUGGGCCCAUUGGCAUCGGGGGGCUAGUCACCCUGCUGCAGAGCGAGCCCUGCUUCAGCCUGCAGGUGCUGCGGCUUAACAAUAAUGGACUUGGCACAAGUGGUGGCAAACUGCUGGCCAAGAGUCUGAUCGACUGCUACGAGGCAAGCGGCAAGAAGUUGGCGCUCAGGGUCUUCAUCGCGGGCAGGAACCGCUUGGAGAAUGAUGGAUCUCGCGCACUCUCAAUAGUUUUCUCAACGCUUGGGUCGCUACAGGAGAUCGCAAUGCCGCAAAACGGAAUCUACGCUCCAGGCCUGCAAGCGCUGGCCGACUCGUUUAAAAAGUGCCCCGACCUUCAGGUGCUCAACCUGAACGACAACUGCAUGGCACGCCAAGGCGCCGUGUCGAUCGCGGAAGCACUGCCCCUGUUGCCAAGACUGCGGUCGGUCAACUUUGGUGACUGCCUGGUCAAGUCGAAAGGCGCCAUGGUGAUCGCAGCUGCGCUCAAGAGCAACGAAAAGCUGGAAGAGGUGAUCCUCUCCUUCGACGAAAUUGGCUCGAGCGCCCUCUCCUCCAUCUGCGACUCGCUCAGGGGCAAGACGGCCCUCAAGACUCUCGACCUUGAGGGGAAUUCCUUCAAGAGCCGUGGGAAGAAAAUCUUGGAAGCCUACCCAGACCUUCCCAUUAGGCUGGGCGAGGAUGAAGAUGAUGAUGACGAGGAAGAGGAAGAGUCAGAGGAGGAAGAGGAGGGUCCCGUAGAGGAAGAAGAGGAGGAGGACGAGGAGGAAGAACCUGUUGCACUGUUGAAAACUCCCAGCAAGAGCCAGGUCAUCCAGGUGGUGGAGUCCCCAGAGAAGGAGGUGACAGUAGAGCAGUUCCUCAAAGAGCCUCUCUCAAGAAAGUUCGCUCUUCUAGGAACAGAGCGUUAUUCCAAGAUCAAAUCUUACUUUGACUCGCUGCCCAAAUCAGAGCUGACCACAAAGGGCGUGGAAGUGUUAAUGUCAGUGUGCAGCUCUGCCGCGUGCAAUGACGAAAAAACGCGGUCAGACGCGUCUGAAAUCGGUUUGCUGUUAUUCACAAAGCUGUUCGACUGGGCCAAGCAGAACGAUUCAGUUUCCCUGCUCAACAACUCGCUGCUGGUCAACCUACAGCUUAUCAAGUCAGAGGAGGGCAAUAAGUACAAGCCAGUCUUGUGGAACAUUGAGGGCUGUUUAAUCGUGCUUGAAAAAGUGUGCAACCAGAGCCUGCUGCCCGAGACGACCAAAGACAUUCUCAAAUUGUUCCUUCAGCGACCCAAUGUAACGGUGAAUCAGUUUGCCGUGGCCAAAAACAGACUUUUAUCCGCACUCUAGUGCUGCGAAUCACGCUUCUUCAUGUUCAUUUUACAUCCCAUCUUUAAUUAUUUAAUGGAAAAUAAAAGAACAAUUUUGUAA